CAGUGUUCACUCCAGACUAGUUCAAAAUAAUAAAGAUUGCAGGUUUUUUUAUAUCUCCGUCACAUUAUUUCAUUAAAACACCUAAAUGGCGCAAGAGCUAUGUACAAUAUAAAGUUCAGCCCCGGGGGUUCAGCCACUCUCCUCUCCACUGGGGAAACAACAGAGCCAUGUAGCCUCGUUUCUUUGUUGUCGUUCUCACUCUCUCCUCUUUGGCCUCGGUCCAGAAAAUUCAAAAUGUCGGAAUCGGCGUUGUACAUCUUUGGUCUCAUCGAUGGAGCCGCACUUCUUUUUCUUUCAGUUUAUUUUAUCAUUAACUUAUCGGAUCUAGAAUGCGACUACAUCAAUGCUACGACGUGCUGUAGAAGGCUUAACGUGUGGAUUCUUCCAGAAAUGGUCGCUCAUGGAGUUAUAACUGUGUUACUACUUGCUCAUUUCCAGUGGAUAUUUUUCCUGCUCAAUGCUCCCCUGCUAGGGUGGCUUGUUUAUAGGUAUGUCAAUAAACCAGCUGGAAAUCUUGGCUUGUAUGACCCUGCAGAGAUUCAUAACAGGCAUGAACUUAAGGCAUUUCUUAAAGAAGCUAUGAUCAAGCUUGGAUUUCAUCUUGUUUUCUUUUUCCUGUAUCUUUAUAGUAUGAUAGCUGCCCUUUUAGAUGAUAACAAAUCCAAGACGGCAACAAGCUGAAAGACCGACAGUUUAACUUAUAUGAGGACUGCUGCAUAUGGACUUGUUAAACUCCACUUAUCCAUGUGGUGGUCCUCAAAGAGCUUUUGAGAUUCAUUCACCCAGUGAACACAAUGCCUUGAUGCAAAAACAUUAUGGACGUCUUUGAACAGUCAAGUAGUGAGAACAGUUUAAUUUAUAAAAUUAAUGGCAUGUCACUGCUACAUCAAGUUGUUAUGAGUUUACAAGCUUGUACAGUUGAAAUAAUUUUUCUUGAUAAUUUGCAUUAUUUUUAUUUUGACAUAACUUAUUAAAUAAUAAAUCUUUUUAUUUGUGUUCACAAAGAGGAAAACAUUAGCUGAAGCAUAACAAUUGAAUUUUUAUUGGAAAGUUGAAUAUUGAUACAUUUUAAAUAUUCAGCCUGAUAACAGACAAGAAGGACCUCACACCAGGGUUUCCUACAAUAGUAUUAUUGACUGACAAAAAAAGACUGAAGAGAAAAAAGACAGAAGAACAGCAAAUAUCUUGCGUGAAUCAGAUUUGAUCCAAAGUGAAAUGAACAUGCACCUGCAGGCACUUGUCACAAUAAUAAUAUGAAGAUUAUGCACAUAUUUUUAGAUGAAAUAUUUACAAUUUGGUUGAAGUGGUAAGAGUAAUCUCACUGUGAAAAAUGUCCGCAAAACUUGCCAUGUAUGCAAAGAUAUCAUACCCCUACCUUCCCAAUAAAAUAUGGUCUUGAUUGCCUGAGACUUCUGGCAGGCUCCUCCCUCAUCUAAGUAUAUAAAGCUGUUUCGAGAAAGGAUGUCAAAAUAAAGCAUAAAAGUGCACAACA